CAAAGCAAGAAACGCACAAGGAAAAGAGCCGUUGGUUUGUUUCUCGCCCGCCCGCCUGGAAGCUUUCAUUUCUCCUCAGCGUCUGCCCAUUGGGAUUAUCGCAGGAGCAGCAGCGAGACGAGGACAAUAACAACAACAACAACGGCUGUGGCGGCCCCAUGUUUUCCCCCAGCCAGGAGGAGCACUGCGCGCCCAACAAGGAGCCCGUCAAAUACGGGGAGCUGGUAGUCCUGGGGUACAAUGGAUCCCUUCCUAAUGGUGAUAGGGGACGAAGGAAAAGCAGGUUUGCUCUCUAUAAGAGACCAAAAGCAAAUGGCGUCAAACCCAGCACAGUCCAUGUGAUCUCAACACCUCAAGCAUCUAAGGCCAUCAGCUGUAAAGGGCAACAUAGUAUUUCCUACACACUCUCAAGAAAUCAGACGGUUGUAGUGGAAUAUACACAUGAUAAAGAUACAGAUAUGUUUCAGGUUGGUAGAUCGACUGAGAGCCCCAUAGAUUUUGUUGUAACAGAUACAAUUUCUGGCAGCCAGAACAGUGAUGAAACUCAGAUCACCCAAAGCACUAUCUCCCGGUUUGCAUGCCGUAUUGUCUGCGAUAGGAAUGCACCAUAUACGGCCAGAAUCUUUGCAGCAGGAUUUGACUCUUCAAAAAAUAUAUUUCUUGGGGAAAAAGCAGCAAAGUGGAAGAAUCCUGAUGGACACAUGGAUGGAUUAACAACAAAUGGGGUUCUAGUCAUGCAUCCUAAAGGAGGGUUCACUGAAGAAUCUAAACCUGGCGUUUGGAGAGAGAUUUCAGUUUGUGGAGACGUGUAUACUCUGCGUGAAACAAGAUCAGCUCAGCAAAGGGGCAAGCUAGUAGAAAAUGAAACCAAUGUCCUUCAAGAUGGUUCUCUCAUUGAUCUGUGUGGAGCCACACUCCUGUGGAGAACGGCAGAUGGCUUAUUUCACACUCCAACUCAGAAACACAUCGAGGCUCUCCGGCAAGAGAUCAAUGCUGCGAGGCCUCAGUGCCCUGUGGGGCUGAAUACACUGGCGUUUCCCAGCAUCAACCGCAAAGAAGUGGUAGAAGAAAAACAACCAUGGGCUUACCUCAGCUGUGGCCACGUCCAUGGCUAUCACAAUUGGGGACAUCGCAGUGACACAGAAGCCAAUGAGCGUGAGUGUCCCAUGUGCAGAACCGUUGGUCCCUACGUGCCUCUCUGGCUUGGCUGUGAGGCAGGCUUUUACGUUGAUGCUGGUCCGCCGACUUACGCUUUCACCCCCUGUGGCCACGUGUGCUCUGAAAAGUCUGCCAAAUACUGGUCACAGAUCCCACUGCCACACGGUACUCACGCGUUCCAUGCUGCCUGUCCUUUCUGCGCUAUUCAGCUCUCUGGAGAUCAGAACUGCGUCAAACUUAUUUUUCAGGGUCCAAUUGACUGAUGCCAUUUUACAGAUGACUUCAAUAAAGCUCACUUUCUUAACAA